AUGUCCGUUAUACUAGUAUCUGCAGGUUAUGACCACACAAUCAGAUUUUGGGAAGCUCUAACAGGGGUUUGCUCAAGAACUAUACAACAUCCAGAAUCUCAAGUAAACAGAUUAGAGAUUAGUAGCGAUAAAACACUUCUAGCUGCAGCAGCAAACCAAAGCGUUCGGUUAUAUGAUCUUCAGAGUGCAAACCCAACACCAUUGGCUUGCUUAGAUGGCCAUGGCGGAAAUGUAACAGCUGUUGCAUUUCAAAGAGAGAGACAAUGGAUAGCCACGGCUAGUGAAGACGGUGCUGUUAGAGUCUGGGAUGUUAGAUCUCCACCAACUCAGCCAAGGAUAUACCUACACGGAUCUUCAGGAUCUUCAUCUUCCACUUCAGGCAAUUCAUCAAGUGCUUCGUCUGUAGGUACAGGUGCAGCACCAGUUAAUGACGUAGCUAUUCAUCCAAACCAAGCCGAACUUGUAUCCUGUGAUCGUUCAGGUACUUUAAGGGUUUGGGAUUUAGCUGGUGGUCGUUCAACACAUCAAUUGGUACCUGAAGACGAUAUACCGUUACAAUCUUUAUCAUUGUCACCCGAUGGAUCAACUCUUGUUGCUGCAAACACAAAAGGUAACUGUUAUGUUUGGGAUAUGCCUAAUAGAACAGAUGCUUCAAGUUUGAAACCUUUAAGUGUUUUUAAAGCCCACAAUACUUACAUUACAAGAGCUUUGUUAUCGUCCGACGGGAAACACAUUGCAACCUGCUCAGCUGAUCAUACGGCCAAGAUUUGGUCAAUCGAUAAUGAAAGUGUAAAUUUAGAAAUAACUCUCGAUGGUCAUCAACGAUGGGUCUGGGACUGUGCAUUCAGUGCAGACAGUGCAUAUUUAGUCACAGCUUCGUCGGAUCAUUAUGUUAGAUUAUGGGAUUUAUCAACCAAGGAAAUUGUGAGACAAUAUGGUGGCCACCAGAAAGGUGUUAUCUGUGUAGCAUUAAAUGAUAUUUAA